AUGGCGUCAAUAUCAACCACCUCCUGGCUCUACCGAGAUAAAGUAUGCACAGUGAGCGGAAAGAUGGGUAAUUGCAUUUUGCAGAGGCGGUUUAAAUGCGUGUUUCCAAUAAGGAAAGUACAUGUCCGGAUCAGUUCCGGUGACCGGUUAUUGCGACAUUGUGUCAAAUGCAACAAGGAGAAUGAAGAAGAAGAAGAUGGUAAUGCUAAAAAGAAUGAACAAGGGUAUGAGUAUGUGACUGUUGAGAGACCUCCUUACCACAGUUACAUGGAUUCAACUUCUGGGAAACUGGAGCCAGCAUCGGGUGCUCGUGCUAGCAUUCCAGGUGAGGACUUAUGGCCAGAAGGAACUUCGAGCCGUGUUAGAGCCGCUAGAGCUCCUCAACCAGCUGGUGAGUCUCGGAGUUUCCCUUCGUAUGGCAAGAAUCCUGGAAGUCGGAGGAAGAAGAAUAGGAAAGUAAGUGAGGAGAAUGUGACCGUUGUUGUUGUAUCGGAUUCUGAGGAGGAAGAAGAAGAAGAAGAGGAGGAGAAGGAUUCGUCCAACGGGUUUGUUGUGUAUAACAAUGAGUUUGAGAGAGGAGAAGAGGAAGAGGAAGAGAGUGGUUUUGAGUUGGAUAAAAAGCUUGGAAAGCCACAUCCUUUUAUCGAUCCCACCAAGAAGAAACAGAUCGACAAGACUAUGACGAGCGAUGAGAGUUGGUGGAACUGGAGGAAGCCGGAGAAAGAACAAUGGUCAAGAUGGCAGAGAAGACGUCCUGAUGUUGAAACAGUUUUUCUCAAGGCAAUGGCAGAGACAGGACAAGUGAAGCUCUAUGGGAAAGAACCAACACUCACUGAAACUUCUCUCUACAGAGCAAGAAGACAUCUUUUCAAGGAAGAGAGGCUGCAAGCUGAGCGAGAGAGAUUAGCAAAAGAAGGUCCAAUGGCGUUUUAUUCUGAGUGGGUAAAAGCAUGGAAGAGAGACACGUCGCGAGAGGCUGUACAGAAACAUUUUGAAGAGACGGGUGAAGAUGAAAACACACAGCUGAUUGAGAUGUUCUCUUACCAAACAGAUCGAGAGUACCGGAUAAUGAUGGGUACUGAUGUCAGGAUCAAGAGAGACCCUUUGGCAAUGCGGAUGAAAGAGGAUCAGAUUAAGCAAAUAUGGGGUGGGGAUCCAGUUUACCCGACAAUUAACUACAUUCAAGAACCUGAUGCGGUUAUGGAUUACAGAGGACCUGAUUUUCAUGAGCCAACACCAAAUAUGCUCUCUUUUCUCAAGGAGAAUGGCAAAGUCAUCUCGAGAGAGGUGCACGAAGCACUGCUGGCGAAAGAGAAAACCGAGCAGCUCGAGGUGCCUGACAUUGAUGAUGCAAUGGCACAAGCUGUUGAUAUUGGUGAAAACGAUGAGGAGGAGGAAGACGAUGCACAAGUAGAAAAAGACGAGAAAUUGCCGAGGAACUGGAGUGUCUUGAAGAGUACCCCUGAGCUUCGCACCGCCAAGCCAACACCGAAGAAAGAAGGUCGGAUGUCUCUAGACGAGGCCGUGGAUGACUCUGAGAACUUAACCGAUUUUCUCAUGGACUUUGAAGAAGAGACUGAUCCUUAA